CAAUUGCUAUAACCCUAACGACAUCGAAACCUUCUCCUGAACUUCUCUCUCUAAAAAAUGGCGCCUUCUGCCACUGCUUCUGAGUCACUGUCUCCCUCGACGACGGUGGACACCACCGAGAAUAAUCUCCAGCCCUUUUUUGUUCUUCACAGAGCACGGUCUCGGAAAUCGGAGAAAAAACCAACCGGAACCUGGAAAACCAGGAGGCGUAUUGAUUUGUCUCCAUCAUUACCUAAGAAUGGUGAGAACUUAGACGCUGAGAAAGCUGAAGCAUGGGAUGAUUGUCGGCAUGUGAGCAUAAGAAUGGAAGCUUUUGAUGAUGUUUGGUCGAAGAUCAAGUCAACCAUUAAAGAUGUUUUGAGGGAUGUCAACACCAAUGUAUUCAAUGAGAUACAUCAUUGGGUUCGCGAGUCUUUCAACAUGAUCACAUCAUUUGCAAUACCUACAUUUCCUGAAGCAACGGGGUCUUUUCCAAUGGUAACAGAUGCUGCCUCUAAACAACUAUUCACUGGGCUGGUUCUCACCAAAAAUAUGGAGUUUGUUGAUGAUCUGCUGACUUUCGAAGAGCUUGGAUCAUAUUUGAAAUCUCAAGGAUGCCAUGUGGCUAACCUUUCCUCACUGGAGUUUUCAGUGAAAAACGGUAUUGGUGGUUGUCUAAGAAGUUUAUUGAGACAGUUCUUAAUGGUUACUGUAGAUGCAGCUGAUGUAUCCAUCUUAGCAACAUGGUACAGAGAACAAGGAAGCUGUAAUUAUCCAGUGGUCAUAAUAAUAGAGGAUAUGGAGCGAUGUAGUGGGUCUGUCUUGUCUGACUUCAUCCUCAUGUUAAGUGAAUGGGUGCUUAAAAUCCCAGUGGUUUUAAUAAUGGGAGUUGCAACAACUCUUGAUGCUCCUAAAAGUAUACUUCAGUCAAAUGCGCUCCACCAUUUGUGCCCUUGUAAAUUCAUUUUGGGAACUCCUCCAGAGAGAAUGGAUGCUGUUGUUGAGGCUGUUCUUGUGAAGCAGUGUUCUGGAUUCGGUAUAAGCCACAAGGUGGCAGUUUUUAUGAGAAAUUAUUUUGUAAGCCAAGAUGGAACUAUAACAUCUUUCAUAAGAGCUUUAAAGUGUUUUCAGAUAGCAUGUGCUCAACAUUUCUUCAUGGAACCCCUGAGCUUCAUGCUCUGGUUUCUUCUUGGAGAUGACAAUCUGAUGUUACAAGGUGAAAAGUGUGGAUUGUCACCAGAAUUGAUGCUCAAGCAUGCUUUGAACCUUCCAUCUUAUCAGUCUUAUGGAAGAAAUAAAAUAGCCAAACAGCAUGGCGAAACUUUAGUAAAUGGUUUGGCAGAAUUGAAGAAAUUGCAGUGUCAAUGGAGCAUUGUGAUUCUGUGUCUAUAUGAAGCUGGAAAGUGUGAUAAAGUCACACUGUUAGACCUAUUCUGCGAGGCCCUUGAUCCUGAAUCAUUCAAGUCAAGGGCUCCUGACAAUGGUGGGGGCUUAGAAAAUGACUCUGGAGUAUCUUCAAGUGAUUGUUACAAGCAUCAGCAAUAUCAUACUACACGGAAUAGUGGUUUUAUUUGUCAGGCAGUGCGAAAGUUGAGGGAUCUUCCAGCAGUGCAGCUACGUAAGCUGCUGAAGGGUUGGGAAAAAUAUACUGUGAAUGUCCCUCAGAUUCAUGACAAAGUGAAGAAGUUGCUAUCUGAAAUGAAGUUUGAGGAUGGCAAGAGUUUGGGGCAAGAUUUAAGCACCAUAUCCAAGAGACAUUCAUCUCGUAAACAUUUGAAAAUUGAAGACUCCAAAGCAGUAAAUGAGAAAGCUGCAAAGCUAUUAGAGAGCAUGGUUAGGAACUAUAUGCAGCCCCUUGAGUGUGUACCUUUCCAUGAAAUUGUCUGCUUUAAGAAUGUCAAUGCACUUCAAACAAUGCACAAACUCUCUGAACUCACUGGCCUAUAUGUUGAAAUAUAAUUCAUGGUAUUCAAAUUCAAGGGAAGUCUACUCUUUUAACCUGAUAUUUUAAUGAAAUUCUCUGAAUGUCUUAUUCAAAUUGUUUUGUGGUGUGUUUUUUGCCCGUAUAAUUUGUUUAUUUUAAUUGUAGGAUAACAAAAUGCUUAGAAAUGUUUCUUACAAUAAAUCAUCAAUCUUUUUAAAAUUAAUUAUUCAGGUUUGUUGAAGUUCUUACAUUUGUUUUUGUUGCUAAUGCUAUCGCCUAUGGAUCAUUCUUGUUGAUUAGCAGUAAAUUUGUUUCUCAUGGAAAUUUGUGUUAAGCAAAUCUCUCUCCUAUUUUGUUAAGAAUGUCUCCCUGUCCUUUCAGUCAAAAAAUUAACCAUGUUCAAUUUUAGAAGGAUCUGGUAUAGAGUGCCUUUUCAGUUCAUGCUUAAAGAUUAUUUUUCUCAAUGAUGGGAUGUUCAGGGCUUGGCCUUGAGAUGCUUUGUUGCUUCCUUACUUGCAUAUAGAAUUGAAUGAAUUGCUAGCUACUAGCCUACUUCCAUGGGGUGACUGCUACUGGUUGGUUUUCUAGUUGUAUCAAUCGUCAAUGGUGGAGAUCUUUUCUAGUGAAGUUCUUCAUCACAGGAUGGGAGCAGCAAACCCGUUUAUUCAUGUUAAAUUGCCAAAUUUUUGCAUGCCAGUCUUUCAGCACUUCUAACCUCUCAGUUA